UAUAAUGGAGAAGAGAUACCUUAGAAAGCAGAUAGCUAAUAAGAUGGCAGAUGGGAUCUUGCCAAAUGUGUUGAAGGAGCUGAAUCAAAUAAGUGCCAACCUCAGAGUUGUCAAGAUUGCAAGAAGUGAUGAAGACUGUGCAGAGGUUACUGUAUUGGAUGCCUAUAACAACACUAGAAGGCACACAGUUGAUCUGAAAAACCAUAACUGCUCUUGUAGAGUUUGGCAGGUAACUGGAAAACCAUGUCAUCGUGCACUUGCAUGGAUAUUGUCUAAUAGAGGUGUAGAGAUCUCUGCAUUUGUUCAUGAUUACUACUCUGUGGCUAAGUUCAAGGCAGCAUAUGAGGAUAGAGUAACUGGAAUGCCAGAUAGGUCCCAAUGGCCUGUAGUUGAUUUGGCCUUCCAAGUGUGCCCACCACUACAGAAAAGAGCACCAGGCAGGCCAAAAGUCCAGAGAAUCAGAGGAGCUCUUGAGAAAGGACCCAAACGAAAGGUUAGAUGCAGCAGAUGCAAAGGCUACGGACACUUUGCCAAGACUUGCAAGCUUGCAGAACCAGCCGAGCCAGCAGAGCCAACAGAAGAUGUUGAUGUACCAGCACCAAGUAAGAGGAAGAGGCAACCAGAUGAUGAAGGCUCAUCUACUCCACAAAAGAAGAAGAAGCCAGCAAAAAAGAAGACACCAAAGAAGAAGAAGACACCUAAAAAGAAGAAGACUCCUAAGAAGAAAAAGCAAACUCAAGCAGCAGCUGCUCCACCUCCUAGAGCAGUUAGAAGCCUGAGGGAUUGGCUGGGCAUGUAGUUCAUGUUCUGUGAAGGGAUGUGACCCUGUUCUAUGCUUUUGUGGUUGAAAUUGAUGUGAACCUGAUGUGUUGAGACUGUCAUGUCAAUGUGAUGAACUCUAUUAGUCUUUGCUUUUCAUGAUCUCUGAGUGGGGUGACCUUGAUGUAAUAUAACUUGGUUUGUUAAUGCUACUGUCAUGAGGUUGUGUUAUUUAUCAACCUGUUCAACAAUGCUACUUGUGAACUUCAU